UUUCUUUAGAUAUGAAACGGAAGUAAAACAAUUGAUUUCUUGUAUUGGUUUUAAAAACUAAAAAAGGAGAAUAAAAAUGAAACAAUCCGAAGUACUUUUGAAGAAUUAUGGCAGAAUAUUGUGAAAUAAAUCUGAAUUCUGAACCUCAAAACGCGCUGGCUGUCAUGAGAUGACAUUUUGGAAAAAAACAAUUCUAAACUAAAAAAUUAAUUAAAAAAAGUAGUAAAUUUAAAUGAAAUGUGUGGGUAUGAACAUUUGACGAACACAAGAAUCUUUAAAUCCAUACGUUACAGGACUUCUUAUCAUGCUGCAGUGGACGACCACUUUAUACGUCGGAAAUAUGUAUUGAUAAAAUGAUUGGAAAAAAUAAAUUUUCACCAAAUUGUUUGAUCGAUUGCAUGUACCGAGAAUAUCAAAUCUAUGAUGAUGAUGUGGAGACAAUUGACUUGGAGGCAGCCAAAAAUCUUUUGAAUGAACAAAUUGUCAAUGAAGAGUUCAAUCCAGUUUAUGGUCAGGCAUUUGAGAGGUGCAGUAAAUUUGAAAAAUCUGCAUUACUUGAAGUCUUCGCUUUUGUUAACAUCACCAAUCAGAAUGCCUGUGAUGAUUACCCCAUGUUUAUGGAUUCGUGUGUGUGGGCAUAUACUGUGGCCAAUUGUCCCGAAUCACAUGCAUUGCAAAGUGCCGAGUGUAGGCAAAAAACUGAAUGGGUUAAUAAAUGUCUGUUCAAAGAAUAAUAUAAAAAUAUUUUACACAUAUAUUUUCAAAUAUAUUAAUUUUGACUUACUACAACAAUAAA